UGCUCGCUCCUCCCAUGCUUUAUGGGGCCGGAGGCAGCUCUAACCCCUCCCAGGGAGGGAGCUGGGCAGAGGCAGCUGAGUGCCUGCAGCAGUGCCUGAGCAGGGACCUCAUCCUACCAAACCUCUGUCCCUCCUGCUCACAGCUUGCAGCAGGGAGGUCACUGGCAGGCUCUGCUGAGUGGAAGCUCUCCUGUCCAGCUCACCUCACCAAGGCAUCGACAUGGUGGCCACCUGCCUGCACCUGGCUGGAUUUGUCUGCAGUUUUGUAGGGUGGAUCGGGGUGGUAGUGGCAACGGCCACCAAUGACUGGGUGGUGACUUGUGGCUACACCAUUACCACCUGCAGGAAAAUGGAUGAGCUGGGAUCCAAAGGGCUGUGGGCAGACUGUGUCAUGGCAACAGGUCUCUAUCACUGCAAGCCCCUCGUGGACAUCCUCAUCCUGCCAGGGUAUGUUCAAGCGUGUCGAGCGCUGAUGAUCGCCGCCUCCGUCCUGGGUCUUCCUGCGAUCUUCCUGCUGAUAACAGUCCUGCCCUGCAUCCGGAUGGGCCACGAGCCUGGGGCUGCCAAGUACCGCAGGUCCCAGCUGGGUGGGAUCCUCAUCAUUCUCCUGGCCAUGUGUGGUGUCGUUGCGACCAUCUGGUUUCCCGUGUGCGCCCACCGUGAGACCACCAUCAUGAGCUUCGGCUACUCCCUGUACACAGGCUGGAUUGGCUCUGCCCUCUGCCUCUUUGGUGGCUGUGUCAUCGUGUGCUGCUCAGGAGAUGCCCAGACAUUCGGUGAAAACCGCUUCUACUACGCCUCGGGAUCCAGCUCCCCUACCCAUGCAAAGAGCGCUCACGUGUGAGCGUCCUGGGGACGUCCCACGGCUGCCGUCGGAUGCUUUGGCUGGUGGGUUAGCGUGCCCUGGGUUUGCUUCUACUGACACACAGGCUGCUGUCAGGCUCCCAGGGGAAGAUUAGAAAAGCAGCACAAAUGUCUGGUAGUUUGAAGCGUUAUUCUCCCCAUCUGCUCCCCCCCUUCUCUAGAAAGAAAGCUGUAGCCAGCCCUGCCUCUUGGUCCUCCCCAUUUUGGCCUGACCACCUGCCCCAUCUUCUCGUGGCCGGGAGGACUCAGAUGCUUUGGCCUUGUCAUGUGGGUUUUAGGGUUUUAACUUCUAUUUUCUAGCUCCCUGAUGAUAAGGAGAGUUUAAAGCAAUAAAACAGAAAGGAGAGAGACACUUUCCCAUUGUCAGAAGGACUCUGGCAGCUUCUCCCACCACGUCACUAUUUGCUUUCCCCUGCUCAAGGUCAGUGCUUUGGCACGGGUUGGGCGAGAGGGUAGGAGGAAAGCUGCGUGCUCCAACCAGGCAAAUGUUUCUCUUUGGGGACAAGAGCAGGGGAUUUUUUUUUCUUUCUGCCUUUCUCUGUAAAUACUUUUGUACGAGUCUGAUCGGUUUAGUAACAGUAUUUCUCCCACCCCCCCAGUCAUCAGUAUGAAGGAAACAAAACCCAAAGGUCCUAAUCACACAGUAGAUAACAGUGCCCUUUUUAUAUUGUUAUACAUGACUCUGGGGGCUCUAAUCCCCAUGCCUUGGUUUGGUUUCUUUUCUUUCUUCCCCCCCCCAACCCCCUCUUUGUACAGAUCAGUUACUAAAAAUGCAUUUUUACAAUUUUUUUUUCUUUAAAUUCCUUGCUUUCUUCUUCUCAGUUUGUGUUCUGUCUUGUGCCAUUAAAGCAGCACACCUUAACAUGUGGUAUAAUGUACCUGUUACAAUUCUGGUGAGUACUGAUGAUGCCUUUGUACUUUCAGUGAAAUACUGUCCAAUAAAUAACAGAGUACCUGCAACCA